AUUGGACCAUUCGACCUCAUUAUUCUUAACGAACUCACUCACGAAGUUGCAGACAUGGCAGCGUUCCUCAAAAAGUUGAAACUUCUUCUCAAAGAAAAUGCACCUAUCAUCAUAUUGACUCGGCCGAAAAAUCCGCCUCUUCCUGUCCCUGAUAACUGCUUGUUGCUGUGGAGGAAGCUCGCACCGACCCGAGAAGAAAUCGGUGCUGCUGUAAAAGCGGCUGAGCUUAACUCUACCACUUUUUCCGCUGCUGUGCCAAUUUCAGUAGAACGAUUUGACUGGGAGAAAAUAUUAAACUCAGGUACGGAACAUUCUCAAAUAAGCCUCAGUCAAGGUAAAAUUCACAUUCCAGGAUGCUUCCCCGCCGUGAAAAAUACACCGAAAUGCACAGAGAAAGAAAUCAGAGAUUAUUGCAAUAAUAUCUCAGGAAAAGUGGCCUUUGAAGAGAAGCUGAGCAUUUUUAUCUUAAAAAAUCCUUAG